AUGAACGCGCGCGGCACUGAUAAGCGUGUUGCCAGUGAGCAGAACCCUCGCCCUUCACUCGCAGUUUUCGGAUCUGAGAGGGGAGAGAGUGCGAGAUUGCGAGACACCAAACGAGGCAUCCAUCAGUGCGGAUAUCCUGCAAUUCCAGGUCUGGGGAAGGCAGCGCCAGAGAAGAACGGGGACGAGGGAUCAUUAUCAAAGAAGGUUGAUGAUACAGAAGAAGAUGACGAGUUCGGAGGGAUUCAACGGAUCUUCAAAAAGGGUCCAUACUCGCCCGAGAACACUGCCUGGUUACCCAGCAGGGUCUCUCUCUGGUGGCUCAACGGGUUCUUCUGGCGCGGUUACAAGAAGCGAAUCGAGGAGGACGAUCUGUACGAGAUGCUCGACCGUGACAAGGCCGGUUUUCUGGGCCAUGCGUUGACGGAGAACUGGAUUGCCGAGAAGCAGCGUGCGAAUAGGAAGGGCAAGGAGCCUUCGCUAUUGAGGGCUGUUGUGAUUACCUUUUGGAGGAGUCAAGCCCAUCCGGAUGCUUGCCAGAUCAGUAAUCCUCUUGUCCUUCAACAGAUCAUCAACUUCGUCAAUGCCUCAAAUACCUCCUCCCCUCCACCCGCCUGGCACGGAUACGGUCUCGCCGUCGGAAUGGUCGCCCUCGCCCUCACAACAAACAUCUGCUACCAACGUUGGAAUUUGGGCUCCGUCAAGAUGGGCAUCUAUCUCCGCGCAGCCCUCAUCAACAUGGUCUACCGCAAGGCAACCACCCUCUCUGCCCGUUCCCACCUCAUCUAUCCCGACGGAAGCGUCGUCAACCUGAUGUCAACCGACACCAGUCGUAUCGAUACCGCCCUGCUCUCCAUGAUGCUCGUCGUCUCUGUCCCUAUCUAUACCGUCGUCGUCAUCGGGUUGCUGAUCCACCUAAUGGGACCCCCCGCUCUACUCGGAGCUGCGCUUCUCAUCCUCGCCAAUCCUAUCCAGGCCUGGGCCAUGUCGAGACUAGGACCUGUCCGCAAGAGAGCUUCCCAGUUCACAGAUAAACGUAUCCGCCUUACCUCCGAGAUCCUUCAAGGUAUCAAGGUUAUCAAGUUCUUCAGCUGGGAGUCUCAGUUCCUCGAGAAGCUCUCGGAGAUCCGCAAGGGCGAGCUUGCAAACGUUGCUCGUCUACUUUACAUCCGCGGAGCCAUCGCUGCCACUUCUGCCUCUCUGCCUGUGAUGGCUUCGGCACUGACGUUUAUUCUCUAUGGCGCAACCGGACAUCAGCUCGAGGCUGCCAUCAUUUUCCCCGCUCUUGCUUACUUCACCGUCCUCCGCACCCCACUUAUGGUCCUCCCCUCCGCUUACACGGUCACGGUCGAUGCCUACAUUGCUCUGAAGCGUAUCCAGGCCUUCUUGCUUGCCGAGGAUUCCAGCCCUAUCCCUCCUCCAGAGCCCUCGCACGAGUACGCCCUCAGUAUGGACAAUGCUAGUUUUGCAUGGGAUCAGUUGCCCUCGGAUACAGAGUCGAUCGAUACUCUCGUUCCUGCUCAGUCCAACCUGAGCGAUGGAAGUGGACAAGCCAAGACUACUAAAGGAAGAGAGGAUGAAGAGGAAUCAGAGAUGGCAGCGUAUCUCGACAAGAUUAACCUCAGGAUCCCACGCGGUGCCUUGGUCGCAGUUGUCGGUCCAGUUGGUAGUGGCAAAUCGUCGCUGUUGCAGGCCAUGAUCGGAAACAUGACGUUGACGGAUGGUCACGUUGUUCGGGGAACCAACAUCAGUUAUGCAUCGCAGACAGCCUGGAUCCAGAACGCAACCAUUCGUGACAACAUUUUAUUCGACACCCCCUUUGAUGAGGAGCGUUACCAUCGAGUUGUCAAGGCCUGUAGUUUGGAAGCCGAUCUGAAGUUGUUCCCCUUUGGCGACGAGACCGAAAUCGGAGAGCGUGGCGUGAACCUGUCGGGUGGUCAAAAGGCUCGUCUUUCUUUGGCUCGCAGUGUUUACUUCAACGCUGGUACUGUGAUCAUGGACGACCCACUCUCGGCUGUUGAUGCUCAUGUCGGCAAGCGUCUCUGGCAGGACUGUGUUUUGACAGAGCUCAAAGGACGGACAAGGAUCAUCGCCACUCACCAACUCCAUGUCUUGCCCGAUGUCGACUAUGUGAUAUGCUUGAAGAACGGACGUAUCGCAGAGGAGGGAGCGUACAAGGACCUGAUUUCCCAGGAGGGGGAGUUCUGUGCUUUGAUGGCUCAGUACGGUGGUGUCCAGGCCGAGGAGGACGAGGCUGCAGCAGAUGCCAACUUUGAUGACAUUCGGUCCGACAAGGCUGAGAUCCAGGGCGAGGUCCUGUCCGUCGGCGAGAAGGGCAAAGCAGACAUCUACGACAAGGAGGCGGAUGCAGUGGAGAGAAAGUCGCUGGAGAAGAAGACUGAGACGGCGCAAAAGCUCAUGUCGGAGGAGGAACGCGAAUCAGGCGCCGUCAAGGGCAACGUCUACGGAGGGUAUCUCAAGGCUUCCGGAGCACACCUCUGGGCCAUCACAUUUGGUCUCUUUGCUCUCCAGCAACUUGCCAACGUCAUGGGUACUCAAUGGGUCAGUUGGUGGAGUGAGGACAGAUUUGCGUUCACCACGUCUCAUUACAUUGGUGCCUACCUUGGAUUCGCUCUUUCUCAGUUGGUUUUUGUCUUUUUCGCCGCCAUCAUGAUGUCCUACACGAUCGUCAAGACAGCCAAUGUCAUGCAUGACGCCGCUUUCGAGAGAGUCCUCUACUCUCCUCUUGCCUUCUUCGACACCACUCCCUUGGGUCGCAUCAUCAACAGAUUCAGCAGGGAUGUGGAUACGCUUGAUAACGUCCUGUGGAGCACCAUGUACGAGUUUACGAUCACAGUCGUCACGCUGGCGGGUACCUUUAUCCUUAUCAUCGUCGUGUUUCCCUGGAUGACUUUGGCGAUUGUACCCAUCAUCUCCCUCUAUUACUGCCUCUCGAUCUACUACCGUGUAACAUCUCGUGAAGUCAAACGUCUCGAUUCCAACAUGCGCUCGUACCUUUACGCCUACUUUUCCGAGUCACUGACCGGUCUGGGAACCUUGAAGGCCUACAACGUCGUCCCCAAGGCGAUCCUCAAGAACGAGUAUCGAAUCGACCUCAACAACCGACCUUACUACAUGUACCAGCUUGGAGCUAGAUGGCUCUCCUUGCGCGUUAACAUCUUGGGAGCUCUUACCACCUUCUCGGUCGUCGUCCUCAUCACCGCUACGCGGUUCAGUAUUAACCCUGCUUCCGCGGGUCUCAUUCUCAGCUACUUGUCCCGUAUCUCUGGAGAUCUCAACUGGGGUGUUCAGCGUCUGUCAACCCUCGAGAACAACAUGAACUCUGCUGAGCGCUUGGUUCACUAUGUCAACAACCUGGAACAGGAGCGGCCGGUCGAACGGCCCGAGAAUAAGCCUCCAGCAGACUGGCCUAGCCAGGGAGCCGUCUCCUUCAAGAAUGUUUCGAUGCGGUACCGUCCCGAGUUACCUCGUGUCUUGCGCGACAUUUCGUUUGAUAUCCAGGCUGGACACAAGGUCGGCGUCGUCGGCAGAACCGGAGCUGGCAAAUCGUCGUUGAUCCAGGCCUUGUUCCUAUUGAGCGAACUUGAUGCGGGCCAGAUCCUUAUUGAUGGAAUCGACACGACUACUUUAGGAACUGGAGACUUACGACCCAAGAUUGCCAUUAUCCCUCAAGACCCCGUCCUGUUCCAGGGGACCUUCCGAUACAACUUGGAUCCACUUUCUCAGCAUACCGAGCAAGAGUUGUGGCAAGUCUUGGAGACGAGUGAUUUGAAGGCAUAUGUCCAGUCGCAGGAAGGUGGAUUGGACGCGAUGGUGUCUGCCCAGGGUGAGAAUUUAAGUGUUGGUCAGCGACAGCUGGUCUGUCUCUCGCGCGCUCUCCUCGCCAAGUCUAACGUCGUCGUCCUUGACGAAGCUACGGCAAGUGUCGACAUGGCCACAGAUGCUCUUAUCCAGAAGGCUAUCCGCAUCGACUUUGCGCAUUCUACCGUCGUCACAGUUGCCCAUCGCAUCAACACCAUCAUUGACUACGACCGAAUCUUGGUGAUGCACCAGGGACAGGUCGCUGAAUACGAUACCCCCUACAACUUGCUAAGCAACCCAGACUCUGUCUUCUCAAGCAUGGUCGCCGAGACCGGUGCCCAGAACGCAAUCCAUCUCCGCACCUUGGCUGGUGUCUGA